CAGCCAGCCAGCCUGCCCGCGGGAAUUCCGAACCGGCGGUGAGGUCUCUCUCGGCUAUGGCGGAAACCUCAACUGCAGCUGCUGCUGCUUCUUCUCCAUCUUCUUCUUCUACUUCCGAUGCGGUCUUACAAGCCCUAGUGAAGAGAGGAUGGUCGUUCGCCGACCCGGAACACAUUAAGGCCAUUACCACAGUGAAGUGCAUUCUGCUCGAUGACCCCGAGGACACGCGCUCCGUCGCCGAAGCCGUAGAAUCGGAGCUUCUGAAUUUGGACCUCAGGUCCAUCGGGGCCAAGUCCUUGCCCGAUCCGGCUGCUCUUCGCAAGUCCUCGCAUCUCUUCGGCCCCAAAGUUCUUCAGAUCUCUUCAGUGAGGGACAUAUCCAAGAGCAGCAUAGAAGAUGUGCCAAAGAAUUCCAGUCGGCGCUUGUUGAGGUUAAAACUCACUGACGGGCACAUUGAGAUAACUGCUGUAGAGUUCACGCAUAUACCGUCAAUUCCAGGGGAUGUUGUCCCUGGUACCAAGGUCCGAUUAGAAAACAAAGUCGCAGUGCGCAGUGGCAUUGUAUGCUUAGGUCCUCGAGUGCUUACAGUUUUGGGCGGGGUAGUUCAAUCUCUCUAUGAAGAAUGGGAGAUGAGCAGAAAAUACUCGGCCUUCUCUCGUGAAUCGUUACAAUCACAGCAUACUGAUGACGGUGGUCCACCCCCAUUUGAAAAAUUACAAAUCAAUGCAUCAUCAAGUCGGGUUGCUCAACCAGGAGGAUUUUCACAAAGAUCUGGGUCCACCUCUAAAAAUAAUAGAUCAGGUGACUGGGAAUCUGCAGAUACAUUAAGGAAUAAAUCUAGUGGGAGAUGGGAAAACCGUGAACCCAGAGCAGAUGCUGAAGGCAGAACUUUGAGAACAGCUUCCUUCACUGGAAAAGCUGAAGAAAAACCUAAUACUUCUUCUGACACUAGACAAAAAGAAGUUGCGGAGUCUGCACCUGUUCAAAAUCAAGCGGCGGCUCAAAAGCUCCUCCAAAAGAUGAGUCAGCCGAGUCAGGAGCGAGGUAGGAGAGGGCGAGGAAAGGGAAGACAAGAAGAAGCCCAGGUUUUCACACUGGAUGAGUGGGAAAAGAGGAAGGCAGCUGUAAAGCCUUCAAUGAAGGAGGAGCUUCCUAAUAGAAGUGUCGAUGAGGAUCUCGCGUGGCAGCUUCAAAACCAAUUUGAUUUGGAAGAUGCCCAUUAUGUGCAGGGAAGCCCUGACGAGACAGAAGCAGAGAGAAUCAGGAGGAGCAUGUUCAGUUAUGGAAAGGAGAAUGACAAUGCCCAGGGGCUCGGUGGCGGUCGUAGAGGCAGGGGAAGGGGGAGGCGGAAGAGAAGAGGAAGAUUCUGAUGACAUAGGCCCCCUCUUGCACUUUCAUAUUUGUUUGUAAAGUCGUGCUGUUUGGUAUUCCGUGACACUUGGACUUGUUUUCUGAUCAAAUUUUAUCCCAGACUAUGAUUGAACAUGAUUCUUGCCUUUUGUAAGCAACUUGUUCCAGCUGAUGGUUAUACGAUUGCCUCUCGGAGAAGUCGGAAAAGAGGAAGAAUUUGUCAGGAAAAAUAUGCCAAUCGUUCUCCUA